GACAUUUCAUUUCAAGUGAAUGUGAAAGGAUUAACACAGUUUGGAUCUGCUCUUGUCGUGUCAGGAAUAGUGUCAGUAGUAGCUGAUGGCACUGCUGUUUCUUCUGACUUUGAACAGUUCCUUCCAAUACAUAUAACAAACCAAGGAGUUAUAAGUAUUUCAGCUGUUGAUGACUUCAUUACACUGGAAUAUGAUGACAGAGUACGACUUACAUUCACCCCUUCAAAUCCUGCUCUUGUUCCUGGUCUUGAAGAUUUCGGAGAAUACAUCAGAGACACUUCCAUUGUCAAUAUUAAUGACACUGACAACCUGCAGAUAAAUUUUGAUGUUGGCGUUGUGAUUACUUAAAGAUUGUAGAAGGCUCCACAUCUCUGGAACCACCAAUCAUACUUCAGUUUAUAACAAACCAGAACUCAUUCACUGUUACUCUGACACCAUCAUCUAUUGGUACAGUGGAAACACUGGGACUUGGUGGUUUAUUCAUUAACACAAUGGCUAUUUCUCA